AUGUUUCCAUCUAAUGAGACAAAUAUGGAAGAUUUUAUUAUUAUUUGGCUCGAUGAAAAUAUGAAUGAAAACAAUAAAUAUUGUCGAGAUUCGAUUUUGCAACUUCAAAUUCUUGCCAAUUCUUUAGAAACAUUCAGCGAUGUUAAUCAAUGUAUAGACUUUCUUACUGAUGCAAUCAAUAGAAAAGUUUUUCUUAUUUUAUCUAAUGAUUUGGCUCAAGUCUUAGCACCCUUAAUCGAUGACAUAUCUCAUUUAGAUUCUGUAUACAUAUUUUCUGAUAUUGAAAGCAACGAGCAACCAUGGAUAAAAAAUUGGAAAAAAGUCCAAGGAAACUUUCGUCAUAUUUCACAUCUUUUAAGCAAAUUAAAAAUUGAUAUUAAAAGAUGUGAAGACGAUUUGAUACCAUUUAAUAUAAUAUCUGUAUCUUCAAUUGGAAAUCUCGAUCAACUUGCAUGUUCAUUUAUGUAUUCCCAAUUACUUAAAGAAAUUUUAAUUUCUAUUGAAUAUGAUGAAACAGCUAAAAAAAAGUUUCUUGAUUAUCUACAAAAUCUUUAUGCUGACAAUAAACCAGGAUUACUUGCCAUUAAUUGUUUUGAACAAAAUUACAAAAGGCAUUCGCCUGCUUGGUGGUAUACUAAAGAAUCAUUUAUUUAUAGCAUUCUUAAUACAGCUUUGAGAAAGCAAGAUGUGGAUAUUAUUAUCGAUAUGGGAUUUUUUAUUCGGGAUUUACAUGAACAAAUUAAAAGAAUCCAUAGUAUGGAAAAUACAAAGACGAAAAAUUUGCUGCUAUAUCGAGGUCAAGGCAUGGCAACAAAUGAUUUUGAAAAUUUGAAAAGAACUCGAGGUGGUCUUAUUUCAUUUAAUAGUUUUUUAUCGACUAGUAUUGAUCGCGAUGUAUCAUACACGUAUGCUGAUAGUAGUCGACAAAAAUCUAAUACAGUUGGAGUCCUUUUUAUUAUUAAAAUUGAUUCAACAAUUUUAACAGUACCUUAUGCUUCGUUGAAAGAUAUUAGUUAUUAUUCAAAUGAUCAAAAUACAGAAGAUGAAAUUCUCUUGUCAAUGCAUACUGUUUAUCGAAUUGGUGAUAUGGAUCAAAUUGGUGAUCAUUUCUGGCAAGUCACCCUUAUAGUAACAAGUGAUAAUGAUAAACAAUUGAAGAGAUUAACUGAUUAUGUGCGAGAAGAAGAACUUAGAAAAGCCGAUGGAAUGGAUGCACUUGUUCCAUUACUUUUUAGAAUGGGAGAAUUCACUAAAGCUGAACAAAUCUGUCAAUCAUUAUUUCAAUUAACAUCAAGAAUAAAUUUAAAAAAACCUAUAAACAUUAAUUAUUAUUUGGGACAAAUAAAAUAUGCACAAGGUGAUUAUUCAAAGGCGAUUUCAUUCUAUACGACGGCGAUAGAUCUUGAAAUGAAAUGUCUACAAUUGAAUGUUUUAAAUUUAGUUGCAUUGUAUAACGGUAUUGGUUUAUGUUAUCAUUCCACGGAUAACUAUUCAGUUGCGCUGUUUUAUUACCAAAAUGCUCUAAAUAUUGGAGAAAAUAGUUAUGCAUCUGACUCUCCUCACUUAGCUGUAAGCUAUAAUAAUAUUGCUCAAUCGUAUGAUUCACUAGGAGAUUAUGCACAAGCAUUGUCUUUUUAUGAAAAGGCGCAAAAUAUACAGGAGAAGAUUUUACCACCUUUACAUCCUAAUCUUGGGAUUGGGUAUGGAAAUAUUGGCAAACUAUAUCAAUCUAUGGGACAAUAUAAACUUGCACUUUCAUUCUGGGAAAAAUCUCGCCGUAUUCGAGAGAAGAGUCUUCCAUCGAAUCACCCUUCCCUAGCUACGUGUUACAAUAAUAUUGCUCUAAUCUAUGACAAAAUAGGGGAUCAUUCAACUGCACUUUCAUUGUAUAAUAACGCACUUAGUAUAAAACGAAAAUCAAUUCCAAAAAAUCAUCAUGGUAGAGCUAUCGAAUAUAAUAAUAUUGGUAUGACAUAUUAUGAAAUGAAAGAUUAUUCGAUGGCUUUAUCGUAUUAUGAGAAAGCUCUUCGGAUUCAUAACAAUGUUCCUGAUGCAGCUCCUUCAGAUCUGGCCACUGUUUACAAUAGUAUGGGGUUAGCCUAUAACUCCAUGGAGGAUUGUAGCAAAGGUCUUCUGUAUCACAAUAAAGCUCUAGACAUUGUCCACAAUAUCCUUCCUUCAACACAUCCCCGACUGGGUAUACUUUAUAAUAAUAUUGGCUUAAGUUAUCAUAACAUGAACGAUUAUACAGGUGCAGUGGUAUAUUAUAAAAAAGCACUUGAUAUUUACGAAAGGUCUCUUCCGCCUAAUCAUCCAGAAAUUGCGAACACGUGUGUAAAUAUUGGUGGAAUGUACAAUGAUAUCAAUGAUUACACUACUGCUUUAUCUUAUUGUGAAAAAGCACUAAAAAUUGAACAACAAUCACUUCCAUCAAAUCAUUGCCUAUUACUAAGAACUUACCGUCAUAUCGCCACAUCAUAUGAACGCUUAGAAAGAUAUUCUGAUGCUCUGGCAUACCUGCAUAAACUACUCGAGAUAAAUGAAGAAACUCCUUUUGCUGAUUCUCUUGAUUUGGCCGAUACUUUUUCUCAACUUGGUAUGCUAUAUUUUACAAUGAUGGAUUAUUCUAAAGCGCUUCCUUAUCUUCGUAAGGUAGUUCAGAUUGAAGAAGAUUUAUUAUCACCCACUGAUCCUCGAUUAGGUACUACGUUUACCAAAGUAGCGCUUAUCUAUAAGACCAUGGAAGACUAUACUAGUGCUUUAGCAUAUUACGAAAAAGCACUUCAAAUUCAAGAAAAAGUUCUUCCACCUACGGAUCCAAAGUUAAUGACAGUUUAUAAUAAUAUUGGCACAAUGUGUCUAACUUUGAAAGAUUAUUCAACUGCACUUCUAUAUUUAAGAGAAGUAUUAGAGAUAAGAGAAAAAUCUCUUCCAGAGAAUGAUUUGAGUUUAGCUAGGAGCAACAGUAAUCUGGGCAUGACUUAUUUGCAAAUGGGAGAUUUUUCUACUGCAUUAUCCUACCUUGAAAAAGCAUUUGAAAUUCAACAAAAAUCGAACUCAUGUCCCCGUGCUAAUCUAGCGGAUAGCCAUAGUAACUUGGCACAGGUACUUUUUUAUCUUCAUCGAUAUGAUGAAGCAGCCAAGCAUGCUAAACAAGCAUUGGACACCAGCAUUAAUAUAUUCGGACAUGAGCAUCCGAAAAGUUUAAUGUUUAAUUAUAUUUUACAACAGUGUACUGACAAAUCAGAAUUUAUUUGA